AUGAUGUUAUCAUAUUUCGUCAUCUAUUCGAUGAUUACUUUCAUCAACGUCCAAAGUUUGAAGAUUUACAAAGACUCCAGUGAAUGUCCAGGUAAUUUACAAUGGAUGACUGGAGGUGUCACAAUUAUUGGUAAUGGCCAAGGAUCAUCAGAAGUUUAUUUAGCAUUUCCCGGUGGUUUAUAUCUUGAACCAAAAACUCAACAUCUAUAUGUUGCUGACAUUCAGAAUAAUCGUGUUUUAAAAUCCCUUGGGUAUGGUGAAGCAGUUACUGUUGCUGGUCAAUCAGAUGGCACUGGUGGAUCUACUGCAGACACAUUAUGGUCACCAGUCGAUGUUUUUGCUGAUGAGUAUGAAAAUGUCUUUGUUGCUGAUUGGAAUAAUCAUCGAAUUCAAUAUUGGGAAAAGAAUGCUACUAGUGGAAAGACAGUUGCUGGCAAUGGAACCCGUGGUUCAACCUUACAUCAAUUUAGUUAUCCUAGUCGAGUUUUAGUGGAUUCAAAGAAAAAUAUAAUUGUUGCUGAUACACAAAAUGCACGAAUCAUGAAAUGGCCGUUCAAGUCGGAUCCAAAAACUUCAGUUGGAACCAUAAUCGCUGGUGGCAAUGGUGCCGGUUUAAAUCCAUAUCAAUUGAAUAAUCCUUCUGGCUUAUAUUUAGAUGAAGUUAAUCAAAUUUUGUAUGUAACGAAUGAAGAUUCUCAUUCCGUUACUCAAUGGAUAAUCGGUGAUUACGAAAAUCGCAAUAUAUAUGCUGGUAUUCCUGGUCGACCUGGUAAUAGUUCUGCUCAAUUAUUCUAUCCACAAGGGGUUACUAUGGAUCCAUAUGGCAACUUAUAUGUUGCUGAUGUUUCGAAUCAUCGCAUUCAAAUGUUUUGCCCCGAUGCUGUCUUUGGUAUCACCAUUGCCGGUACUGGUCAAUCGGGCGCAGCUGAUGAUCAAUUAAGUUAUCCCUACGAUAUAGCAUUUGAUCCUGGAAUGAAUCUAUACGUUUCUGAUACUUGGAAUAAUCGCAUACAAAGAUUUAAUAGAAUAUAA